AUGGAGGAGCUGAGCAGCGUGGGAGAGCAGGUCUUCGCCGCCGAGUGCAUCCUCAGCAAGCGGCUCCGCAAGGGCAAGCUGGAGUACCUGGUCAAGUGGCGAGGCUGGUCCUCCAAACACAACAGCUGGGAGCCCGAAGAGAACAUCCUGGACCCCCGGCUGCUCCUGGCUUUCCAAAAGAAGGAACAUGAAAAAGAAGUGCAGAAUCGGAAGAGGGGCAAGCGGCCCCGGGGCAGGCCCAGGAAGCACGUGGAACCAGAAAUGCCUGCAAAAACUAAGUCAAGUAGCUCCUCCUCCUCCACAUCCUCCUCUUCUUCCUCCUCUGAUGAAGAGGAUGAAAGUGACCUGGAAGCAAAGAGAGGUCCCCGCAGCAGAGAGACACACCCGGUGCCACAGAAGAAAGCUCAGAUCCUGGUGGCGAAGCCUGACAUGAAAGACGCUUCCAGGAAGAAGCGUGGGCGGAAACCUCUUCCCCCGGAGCAGAAAGCAGCUCGAAGGACUGUGAACCUGACAAAGGUGCUGAAAACAUCCCGGAAGGAGGUGGGGGGCAGUGCCAAGCUGGUGGGGAAGCUGCAGCCUCAGCACAGCACACAGGGCUCGGGCAUGGCCGUGCUGAAGGACCCACCAGGUGCCUUGGCUGGGCUCAGCUCAGGAGGGUCAUCAGCAGAAAACCUGCCCAACAUGAUGAAGAGCGGCUCGACGAGCCCCAGCCAGGCCAUCAGCUGGCAGAGCUCCAUCGUGCACUACAUGAACAGGAUGUCCCAAAGCCAGACUGCAUCUGAGAGCUCAGCUCUGGGCAGGCUGGCACUGAAGGCACAGGCGGCCAGUAAGAGCAGCUUAGGGCUGGACUUGAAAAUGAGGAGCCAGAAAGGCUCUGGGGAGCUGGGGCUCAGCAUGCAGGGGCCCAAGACUGCAAAGGCUCCCGGCAGUGGUGCUGGAGGAGACCAGAAAUCAGGGUUUGCUGCGGGAGGCCAAAUGCUGCCCAACGGCAGCAAGACGCCAGCGAGCUCAUCUGGGGCCAGCGUCCAGGCAGCCUCCAGCCAGGAGCUGAACCUCCAGGCUCUGAACCUGCAGAGCGUCAAGAAUGGGCCGAGCGUGGCCGGCGGGAGCAGCCUCCCCCGGCACCUCUGCGGAGCCCUGGCCAAGGGCUCCGGCGGCGGCACGGCCAGCGGGGGUGCCGGCGGUGCCAAGGGCGGGGCGGCGGGCACCGGGCUCACCAGUGCCGGUGCGCUGGCGGGGGGGGAUGGCAGCAAGAGCAAGAAGCAGCCGCACCGGGCAGGGGACAGGGACUUGGCCAAAGGUGGCUCAGCCGGCACACAGGAGGGACACGCGGAGAGCCGCAAGCCCUCUGCCCUGUCCGAAGUGAGCACGGGCGAGGACACCAGCUCGGAUUCAGACCGGGACUCGGCUUCCUUCCCGGGUGUGGGUCAGAACAUGUCUGUCUCCAUCCAGACCAGCCAGGACUGGAAACCCACGCGCAGCCUGAUCGAGCACGUCUUUGUCACCGAUGUCACCGCUAACCUGAUCACAGUGACGGUCAAGGAGUCCCCCACCAGCGUCGGGUUUUUCAACCUGCGGCAGUACUGAGCCCAGGAGUGUGAGAGAAGGGAGAGGGUCCUUCAGCCUCACCCUCGGCUUUGCCCAGCUCUUCCAUCAGGUUUUCUUUCUUCAAGUGAAUGUGGAGACCUCGUGAGACCUGCUGGGACUCGUAGCUGGAGAGGCUUGAGAAAGACGUGGUGAAACCUGCUCCAAACUGCCAGCGAGUCGUGGAUCCCCCCGGCUCCUCUCCAUCCUUUUCUGAAGCCGUGCCCUGUGUGGGGGUAGCCAAUGCCAUUCUCCAGGAGCCAGGACACUGGUGCUGCUGGGGGUGUCAGGCUGGCAAGUUUCGAGCCAGGCUUCACUGCACACAGGUCUCUUUGCUUUACAGCUUGAAACAGCAGAUGCCAAGGUCCGCAGCUCACUGACCACGGGGAGGUGUGGAGCUGCCAUGGGCCAGGCUUCCACCUGGGAGAGGACUAGGAGAUCCUCUUCUGUUCUCUGGGCUCCCCAUGGAUCUAUCUGUGAGCUGUGGGGAGACACAAGUCAAUCCAAAUGAGGCAGCUGCUGCUCCCAGCCCUUGGGGCUGUGGGGGGGUGGCUGCAUUUGGGGGUUUUUCAGGGUACACUCAGCCCAGCCACCCCCCUGGGCGAGGUCAUUUCCAAUGAUGGGAAACCCACGACGUUUUCGUUGGGGUUUCCAGCUGGUAGGGAACUAUUGUUUACAUUUUUUAUUAAGGAAUUUUUUUUUUUAUUUUUUUUUUUUAUGAGAGAGGGAAAUAAACCCAGUCUAGGAUAGGUUGAGUCCUGGAUGCCACUAAUGGGAUGGGCAGCAGAGGUGCUUUUUUGGAGGGUGCCUCCUUUCUGCCCAGGGAGGAUCCUGCCUUGGGAGCCAGAGAGAUCCACUGGUUUCCCUGCAGUGACUUGACUUCCAGAGGAAAGUGAAUUUCUGAGUAGCCCAGGGAGCCUCUGUGCCACUGCUCUGCCUCAUCCCAGCAUCACCAUUGUCUCUGUCUCCUGCUCAGCAGUUUCCAGGCACUCAUAGGCCCCGAGCUGGGGAAUAUUUUUAAAGUCUUGCAGAACAUGCAAACCCUUCCAGCAGCAGGUAGGUCAGUGCUGGGGCUGCUGGGCAUCUGCGAGGUUGAUGCUGUAAUUUGGGACAGGUGAGCCUUCCCCACCAUAGCCCAGCUGGACCUGCCUUGGCUGCUCCCUGGGUUAGAUUCACACUGAUCAUCCAUGUUUUUGUUCAGAUGGAAGGCUCGGAAGCUGGACAAGGACACCUGCACAGGUGGGGUGGAGCAGUGGGAAGGGGAAGGAGAGGACAGGGAGAAGGAUCAGGGCCAGGGGGUACCUUGACCGUUGUUCUCUGAGGAUCUGGAGCCCUCAGCAGCUGCUCGCCUUCCCUCUACUGUCCCAGCAGCUGGGAUGUUCCUUUUGGCUUGGAAUUGCACCCAAUAAUGGCUUUUUCACUGCAGUAUUUUCCCUACUGCAGAUUUCUACAAGCAAAAAUUAGCAGCGGUUCAGGCAGAGUUUAGUAGCAUUCGAGGUCAUUUUAGUUCUGUUGGUGCUGAGUUCUUUUCUUGGAGGUGAUGAACAGCUGGUGGCUGCUCGCUGUCCUGCGUGGUUUGGAGGUCCCCCCAAAGGGAUGCCCCACCAGGGGGUCACCAGGAGACUGACCUGGCACCAGGACAGGCAUCUCUCUUUGCCACAGGCAGGGCCACUCACAGUGUCCUCACACAGGAGUGAUACAUGGACCAAACUGGGGGUACAGGCACUUCUGACCCCCACCCCCGACACAGCACCCCCCCCACCAUCACAACUGCUGCCACUGCCUGGCAGCGGGGCCGUUCUCAGGUGAAGGAAACCCUGCCCGUGCUGCCUGCUGGUCAGGGAUGGCUGGAUUGCUGUUCCCUGAGCGGCGGCUGCAGGCUCUGCCUGGGCAGAAAUGCUCCAGAAAUGCUCUCCCUCCGCUUUCAGAUUUAAUCCCCAGCUGUCCUGUGGGUUGUGGUUUGAGUUUUGUGUUGUGUAGCUGAGCAUGGUGUGAUGUGGGGUGGGUGGAGGCGGAUGGUGCCUCACUGCAGAACCUGUACAGGUUUCUCAGGCAGCCCCAGCUCUGCCUCAGCACAGCCUGGAAUGUCCCCUGGACAGCCUGGGGCAGGGGACACACGGCCCCCAGCACCACACUGUGUGUUGUUCUGUGAGGGAAGGGGCUGAGGGGAGAGAAGGGAACAUUGGCCAUGGAAGAGGUUCCCAAGGACAGUUUCUGUCAAGCUCCACGAUGCCAAAAUGUCACAGUCUGUCCUGGUUUACCUUCUAGUCUUUUACUUUGCCAAACGACCUCCAAAGAACUUUGUCCUGUGUCAACAGAAACCAGUGUCCUAGGCAUGGUCUGUACUGGGCUCUUGUGCUGGGGAUAGGAGUGUUCUGGGAGUAGAAUCAAGGAAUCUGGGAGUGCAGGGGUGACACUCUGCCCCACACACCAAAUGUUUGCUACUUGGCCUUUGCAAAUCCAAACUGAUCAAUGAUGUGCCUUUUGGACCGUCCUUAUCUCAGCCUUGUCUGCGACACCGGUCCCACGACAGGUUUGUGCCUAUGCAAAGCGGGGUGGCUGCAGGGUCCCAGGGCCACUGUGACACCCGUGGGGAGAGGUGUCCUGGUCCCCAGUGAGACACGGGGCUGUCACACAGAGCCCUGCUGAGGGGUGCCCGCAGAGGGGAAGCCGGCCCAGCAGGGAUGCUCUUGCCUGCAGCAAUAGGAUGUGGAGAUUGGUUUCCCCAAGGGGGAGAAGACAUCUGAGGAGGCCCCAAGCAGCUAUGAGAGGGCAGGAGAUGAGCUGUGAGAGCGGGUGCUGUGCUGGCUGCACGCCAGCUCUGAGCUUGCUGCUCCCUCCAGAGCCCUCAUCAAAGCUCCCACGUGUUUCUCCAUGUGGGGGGGCUUGCUCCUGCCUCCUGACUGGACAAAAAGUCACUGGGCCUGAGCUUCUGCCCAGGGGUAUCCUGACAGCAACCCUCCAUCACCCACCCUUCCCAGGUAGGUCCCCUUCCAGCAGCGUGGGACUCUGCUGUGAUCACUUGCUAUUGUGCCUUUUGCUGACCAGCUGGUUUGAUUCCAAAGGUCUAAGGAUGGUGAAAAUGAUAAUCCAGGAUUUUUUCUGACCUUCAACUCCCCGCAUGUUUCUUCCCUAACCCCUUCCUGAGCUGGUGUUCCAGGUUCUCCCAGCAGUGCUGGGGUGUCUGAGCACACGGUUCCCAUUGGAGUUUGCCUCCCAAAGGCACAUCAUGUGAGUGAUUUAUUGGAAUCUUUUGUGGACAGGGGUUGGAAGCUGGUGCAGACCCUGGUUUGCACCAGGGUCCAUUAGGAUUCAAGGUGUACUUUUUUUUUCCCCCCCCUUUUUUUUGAGUUUGCUGCUAUGGGUUGGUGUGUUCAGCCAGGUAUCAGACAGGCAAUUGCAGGUUUGUCACUUGUCAUUUUCUAAGGGGUUUCCGAUGUGGAAAGUCCUGCAGUAUUUGUAUACUGAAUGGAUAUUUUCUCCAGGCGUAAUCUGGUUAAGCAUCCUUGUUGUUUUCCAUUGGACUGGAAGAGGUGGCUGAUUCAGCCAUCUUCCUGAGAAACUGAUUCUAUUUUUAUAUAUAUAUUUUGUACCAAAAAAAUACCUGGAGUUCAUGGAGAGAUGGAGAUAGUUUAGGGGUUUGGUUUGUGUUGAGUUUCUGCGCUGGUGUGUGCCUGAGUGUGAAGGGCUCCAGAGCCAGGAGAAGGGGUUUACUGGCAGAAAUUGAGGAAUGGGUGAAAACAAACAAUUGUUCUUGUAACUUGUGCCAGUCACUGCUCUGAUUUGUACGUUUUAGUUAAAGAGAGAGCCAAAUCGGUCCUGUAUGACACUUAUAAUUGCUUUAAACUGCAGCUGUUUGUUUGCUUUUAUUUUCCAAGAACAAAAGUCGGAGAUGUUAUUGCCCUGGGAAAGCAUGAGGGCUGUGGGAGCAGGGCCGGGUGCUGGUCCUGCUCCCCCCCAGCCUCCCGGCCCCUCCUGGCCCCUCGCUUGCGUUCCCUGUGCUGUUUUCCAGUGUUCCUGGACGCUAACGCUAGUGUAGCCCCCAGCUCUAGGCUGCUUUUAAUUUAUUUGCAGGAAAACACUAGGAGAUGGUUACGUCGGGUGGGGACUUUCGUGUAACUUUUCCACUGUUCUUUUUUAGCAUAUCAAUAAAUAUUUUUUUAAACUUU